AUGGCAUUAAAUAAAAAAUUAAUUAGUUUAUUACUUUUAAUUUUUAUAAUUUUAAAUAUUGUAAAUUCCCAUCAACAAGAAGAUUGUGAUGAUGACGAUGAAGAUAUAGGAAUUUCAGCAGAGAGAUCAGAAAGAAGAUCAGUUAAAAACAGUAACGAUGGUAGUAAUUUUUAUAAUUUAAAUGAUUAUUAUACACCAGAGAAUUGGAAUUAUUAUAGUGGAUCAUUUGCAACUAAAGAUUGUAGGGAUGCAUCAUACAUAACCAUACCAUUGGGUACAACUGGUGGAUUGGAUGAAGGUAAUCUCUCAUCAUUCCUCUUGACAAAGAAAGGUAGUAAUCUUUUCAUUGCAUUGGAUGCAGGUACAGUAUGGCAAGGUGUUAGAAGAUUAACCACCUUCAAAUAUUUCAAUACACUCUUCAAUAUUACCUAUCCAUCAUGGGCAGUUUUACCAGAGCAAAGAACCUCAUGGUUCCUCAAGAAUCACGUUAUGAGUUAUUUCAUUGGUCACAGUCAUUUAGAUCAUGUAGGUGGUUUAAUUUUAGUUUCACCAGAGGAUUAUUUAGCAAAGAAUUGGAUCGAUGUUCAACCACCAAUCAACAAUGGUAUCAUGGGUCUCAUUCGUAAAUUAGGGUUCAAACCAACUGAUUUCACCUCUUCAAGUAUCCUCCAAAAGAAAACCAUCAUGGGUUUACCAUCAACCAUCAAUUCAAUCUCUACUAAUCUUUUCAAUAAUCAAGUUUGGCCAAAUCUUCCAUCAUUUGGUCGUUAUCAAUACUUUAGUUUAGCAAGUGGCAUUGAAUAUCCAUUCACAGAGUUGGUCCCAUACAAUGCCACCACUAUGUCUUUGGUCGCCAAUGAAUUCCCUUUCUCUGUCAAAGUUAAACCAUUUGAAUUGUGUCACGAUAAUUUAAUAUCAACUUCUUUCCUCUUCACUGAUAGUAUCUCUGGUGAACAAAUCGCUUUCUUCUCUGAUACUGGUGUUCCAUCCUCUGUCGCUUGUGAUUGGGAAGGUAAAAUCUAUGCCGUCUGGAAACAAAUUAAAAUCGAUAAAUUAAAAGCUAUCUACAUCGAAACUUCUUUCCCAAAUAAUACUCCAGACUCUGCUAUGUUUGGUCAUCUCCGUCCAAGAGAUGUCAUGAAAUUAAUGGAUCAACUCUUGGUUCAAUCCAUUCAAACCUCUCCACCAAUGACUAAUCUCAAACAUGUUAAAUUAAUCAUCGAACACAUUAAACCACAAGUUGCUGAAGAUCCAAAUGGUUGGACAACUCAAAGAGUAAUCUAUCAACAAUUAAAAGAAGCAAAUAAUAAUGGUGUUAGAAUUAUUAUUCCAAAUCAAGGUGAUCCAAUUUGUAUUUAA